AGUCGCACCAUAAAAGUAAUUUUUAUUACUUUAGAUGGUACUUACAAACCUCUAAAAACUGAGAACCCACAAAAAAUGAGGAAUUAUUUUAUCCUGAAAAAUUUUUGUAAAAAAAUUUAUCUGGUUGGGUCAGGCAAUUUAUGGUACGAAGAAGAAGUAAUCGGAGAUGAUAAAACCAUAUACUACAAAUUAUUUGCUUACAGUACAUUUCUGACUUACGGGUUUAUGACUUUACUUGAAAUAUUAGCUGCUCUAAUUGGCAACUUUCCAGAAGAUGAAAAAAGAGAUUCGAUAACAUUCGCAGUGAGCCAUACAAUAGUAAUGAUAAAAAUGUUCUCGGUAAUAUCGAAGAAGAAGUUGGUGAAAAAGUUGAUUCGAGAUCUUAUAAAAGUUUGUGAGUUAUACGAGGAGGACUCUUUGAUGGUGGAUAAAUAUAGGAUUAUGAAGAUAAAUGUUGUUGCUUAUAUUAUUACUGUUUAUGGUUCUGCUGCUUGUUUUAUAUUUGAAGGCAUACGAAAAACUUAUGAUGGUUCCCAUUUUGUCACCGUUGUAACAUAUUAUCCGUCAUUUGAAAAUGAUUCGCUGCUGGCUAUAAUAACUCGGAUAACUACUACUAUUGUCCUGUUAAUUAUGUUGCUUACGAUGAUUAUAAACGUCGAUUGCUUUGCAUUAGCCAAUUUGAUAAUCUUUAAAUACAAAUUUAUUACGCUUAGAGAUUACUUUGAAAAGUUGAGAGAUGAUUUCGAUAAGCUCUUUGAAUCUGGCAAUUAUGGUUUAGCUGCUGAAAAGUUGGCACAAGGACUCAAAGAAGGCAUCGUUAUGCAUAAAGAGUUAAUAAGAAUAUCUAAAGAAAUUGACAAAGCAUUUGGAACAGUUUUGGCUCUACAGGUGUGUCAAAGUUCAGGAUCUGCGGUUUCACUUUUGCUGCAAAUAGCUCUUUCAGAUGACUUAACGUUUGUGGCUAGAAUGAAGCUAUACUUCUUUGUUGUCGCUUUAUUCUUUUUAUUGGGACUUUUUUUGUGUAAUGCCGGCGACAUUACAUAUCAGGCAUCUUUGUUAUCGGAUUCCAUUUUCUAUUGCGGAUGGAAUUUGUGUCCUUCCCAGUAUCCACAAAGGACGCGUCAAAAUAUCGGAAAGCUGGUGUUGCAAGCAUGUGCGCAGUCGCAACGACCUAUAGUGAUGAAGGCUUUUAAAAUGCUAGAACUUACGUAUGGAACAUUUCUCUUGGUGGUGCGCUCAACAUACUCUGUUUUUGCGUUAUUUUACGCUCAAGAUCAAUGA